AUGGCUAAAAGCCUUGGAAAACUUAUCCAAGCCUUUAAAAACGUAACAGAUCCAUCACAAGCAGUGGAAAUUUUAAAUGAAGCCCAAUUUGACAAGCUGAAGAAAUAUCCAAAUGAAGGGAUGGAAUUAAUAAGGCUAGCUUGCACAAAUUUUAGCAGGAAUAAAGACGUAUUUCAAGUCCUUGAGAGUCCAAAGUACUUAAACGCUUAUUCAGGUGCUGCUUUUUCGUAUUACCUACAAAAUCUUACGUAUAAUAAAAAAACUUCGAUGUCUCCUCAAUUUUACGCCUUAUUAGAAGAAAAAAUUGUAAAAAUGCCACCAGACAAAUUGUCAUGAAAAUUAGUGCAAAAUGCUUUUAAAAUUUUUGGGAGAUAUUGCAUCAUCCCUUCAUUUUCAUAUAUUUCAAAGCUUGAAGAAGUAAUUAUUAAUAACAGCGAACAAUUUAGCUUAGCUGAAUACUCAGUAAUUGUCAAUUUUUAUGCAAAUUUUAGACUCUUAGAAAAUCCUGAGCAUAAAAACCCCGAUAGAUUUAGAAAAGUGAUGCUUACCAAAAAGAAUUUUUCUCAACAUGAUCUUGAAAAGGAGUCAGCUAUGAACUCUUUAAUAGGACUUACAAAAUCUCUUGUCUUUUUAAAGCAUUUACAGGAUACAGAUUUAUGAACAAAUAACUUUAAAAUGCUAGCUUAUGUUUACCCUAAAUGUCAUCAUGAUUAUACUCCUUGGAGAAUAUAUACUGAUAUGUCUAUAUUCCAAAUAAUUGAUGCCCAUCAAACUUUUGCGCCAGAAAACAUGGGAAAAUAUGUAGAAUUUUUAAGAAAAAUUACGGCCAAAUGCCAUUAUGAUCCAAAAAAUUUAAAAACACAGAAUUUAGUGUCUCCGUUGGAGAUAAGUAUAAAAGAGAUAUUUAAAAAAUACUCACUGAAAUAUGAAUUCGACAAAAUAAUUAGUAAUUAUUAUAUUGCAGAUUAUUUUCUUGAGCCAAACAUUGCAAUUGAAAUAGAUGGGCCUAGACAUUUUAUUAGAAAAUAUAAUGAUAGCAGCUUCAAACUACUUAGGGGAAAAGCAGUAUACAAAACUGAUUUAAUGAGUGCAAAAGGAUAUAAAGUGAUUCGUGUUCCAUGUUUUGCGGAUGACAUAGAAGCUUAUUUAAUAAAUGAACUAAAAAAUAUUGGCGUAGAUGUCGCUAGUAGCAAAUAA